GCAGCCCUAAAUUGCGGCGUCGUUUGAAAGAAACUGUAAACUAGUACUAAUACCAGCGCAGAAUAAGAAAUAGGAAAAAUACAAUCAACAAAUCAAAAACAAACGUUUGUCGAAAAUUGUAAAAUUUCGCUGCCUGUUAAAAGAAACCAGUGCCUUUUCGUGUUGACCAGGGUGGCCUAGAAACACUAGCCUCCGGCAACCUGAUUUCCCUUGGCUAGCAGUUCCGGAUUUCCUGUUUCCUCACAUUUAUCCGGAAAGAUGACCCUGCCGCGUUUGGAGACUCCGCUUCGGCGUUCCGCGGUGGGCAGUUACCACGAGGGCGUGUCCCGUAUGAUGACCCCGCUGAACGACGACGAGGCUGAAAGGCGGGAAGCCCGCCGGCGCACGCUACUCCAGCAGCAGCGCCAAAGUACCCAGGAGUCCAUCGAGGACAACGAGACCAUCCGCAAUUGCCUGGAGAUCUACAAUGGCAAUAAGUUGAGCAAGGACAACGCCUGGAACCUUACGCUCAUCGAUUCGCUAGCCAACCUGCUGGAGCACCAUCACAAGCGGAUGGGCAAUUUCAAGAUGGCGGGAUCUUCGCUGGAGGCCUCUUCUAAGGUCUACGGACUGCGGGUGGACUCCAUCUACCUGGAUGCCAUGCGCAUUUCAGCUGGCUUAAGUGCCCGCACUCUCACAGAUAAACAAUUAAACGCUGCCGAGGAUGAUGAUGGGCCACCAGGUGAUCAGACGGCUGGCGAAGGGCAAAAUGCGGCGGAUCAGGCCCAAAAAGAAGCUGCACCAAAGCCAAAGAGACAAAAGAAGAAUGUGUCCACCGUGACCAAGAACAAGGACACGCUGAACAGCCGCCUGGAUACGGCACCGUUGCAGGAUCCUGUCUUUGGCAAACUAAACUCUACAGUGGGCUCCAUCAACGCAUCAAAUCGCCUGAUGCACAAUAUUCUACCCAGUUCAGAUUCCGAGUUGCGUCUGCGCACAACCUACAGAUUCUGGGACAGUCAAGAGUCCGCCGAGGAGGUCCAGGAUCACACUACUCUCAACGCAGACAUGGAGGAGUGGCCAGCUGAGUCGCUGGUGGGCUGCGCCUGGAUGCGCAAACUUCUAAACAAUGCUGAAAGAUUGAAUCUGCGCCCUCUGCACACGGGCUACAUCAUCACAAGUGCACCUAAUCCUAAGGCGUCGAACGACAAGCCUGCAGAGCCCACGUUGGAUGACGACCAGCAUGAUGAGGGUCUAGAUAAUGCUGACGAUAUGUGCGUAAAUGAGAUAUCCAUGGCCUUCGACAUCAAUGCCGAGUGUGAACCCAUGCCGGACUUGGAUGGACCACCGCCCCUGGUCCUGGAGGUGGACUCCAAUGAGCUCGAAGAGCUCACCACCGAGGAGCAAAUGGUGAUCAACAAUUGCCGCCGACUGCGGAAGCAGACAGAGUUCAUCGAGGACUUGCGACCGGUAGAUGGAAACUCCAAGCUGGAGUACUCAUACAGGCCAAUGGAGCAGAUCUCCCAGUUUUGGGCUGGACCCUCCCACUGGAAGUUCAAGCGCACCCGACCGCGCAGUACAUUUUCCCAGACCACUGGUCAGGCGGAUGCUCAGCCCGUUCGCAGUCAGCGACCGAAGAAAUCGACGCAUCUUACCACCAAUCGUCGUGCAAAGGCCGUAGAUUACGGCAAUGUGACGGAGAACUUCUUUCAACCACUGGAUACAUCUAUUAGGCAGCGCCGCGUAAACUUCCAGAAGAAGUGGGACCCCCGAAAACUUAUACUGCCCACCAAAUUCAACUUGGACCCAGACUAUUUCUUCAAAUACGAAUCGGCGCCUAGCAUAAAGGUAUCGCAGCGUGCGGGGGAGCCUGAUUCGGACGAGGGCGGAGAUCUUGGCAUUGACAUGGGAGCUGACAUCCAUCACGAUGAAGACAACGAUCAGGAGCUAUUCAACAAUGAGCACUUCACCGACGCUGUUCCCGCCAACGUGAGCGUUAUUGCGGCGAUUGCCGCCGAACAAGGGGCCGAAGGCAUGAUGGAUGUGGACGCGGGCGAGAUGGGUCUUACCCAAAUGAAUGCCACCUGCAAUAACACAUUCUUCGAGAUUGGCACAGAGUUCGUGGGUGCGCCUUCGCAGGUUGCCAAAGUAAUUGUUCCAUUCGCAAAGCGAGCCAAGGUGAUAGACAUGAAGAGCCUGAAAAAGUCCUGCAAUUCCCUUAUACAAAAACAAUUGCUAACAGAUGUCCCUGAGGAGACGAUACCUUCGCAUCCAAAGAAAAAGGACGAAGAUUAUUCAAAGGGUGUGGCGAGUUUCCAGGAGGUGUACACCAAGCUGCCCAACCUACUAACCACCAAAAUGGCCGAUUCGCUGUCACCAUCGGUAGCCUUUUAUGCUGUUCUACAUUUGGCCAACGAUAUGAAAUUGCGCCUUAUACCACAAGAAAAUUUAGAGGAUUUUCAGAUCCGGCAAGUCUUGGAUUAAAUUCAUGUAAUAACUAUCAUUUAAGUUGUCUAUUAUCAAUGUUAAAACACCAUUGUUGCACGGCUAUCCCUCAAUCUCUUAUCUUUUAUUGUAACUUAGUAAACGUAACUCGUAUCAGUAUUCCCCAAAGAAAUACCUACAGCCCAGUCGAAUCACAUAUUUUAUAAAUAAACGAAGCAAGGUUCUGGUGAACUAUGAUUUUAUAAAUUAUUUAAUAAAUAACAAAAUAAAAUAAUUUAGAGAAUGUUUUUAUGCAACAUUUUAAAAGGAUAAUUAUUAUUUACUAAUUUGCAAUAAUUGGCAAUAAUUUUUGUAUGAUAAAUGGCAAGUCCUUAAACCGAAUUAUGUUUGCUUUAACUAUAUAUGCUGUAUUCCAAACAUCAUAUCGCCUACCAACUCUUUUUCCAGAUGAAAGAAUUAAAACUUUCGCAUUAGUUUUGGCUGUUUAUGUUGUGCUGGCGGCUCAGACAUUGUUUUCCAUUUCUGUUGCUCUUUCAUUUGCAUACUCGUAUCAGUGCACACUGGCAGAAAUUGUUUUGAUUAUUUCCUCAUAACUUAAAAUAACCAAUUCUACAAUUCACAGAAACUGGCGAAUUCGGUUAUAAAGUUGAAAGUCGCUGCUGACUUAUAUCUUUAAAACUUUUCAAUCCUUUUUGUUACGACUUUAAACGACUGGUUUUUAAAAGUAAAUAAAACGAUGUGAAAAAACCUUUUGUAAUCGAA